UCGAACCCGGUGCACACACACACUCUCUCUUUAUCACUCUGUGUGUGUGUGUGUGCUCAUCGUUUUUCGGUUGUCGCUUUAAUUUGUACAGAAUUUCCACCCAGGGCGCGUGCACGCGCGGAGCGCGUUCACAUCAUCACGGCGCGUUAACAGUUUGAGCAAUGCGGCGACCGCGGUGACACAAGUUGGGAAAUAACACCUCUCAGGAUUUCUGAACUCUUUCUGCGAAGUCCACGAUGAACGGCUACACUGCCCCUACAUACCCGUCUGGAAACUUCAGUAACUCCCAGCUGAAUGGCCAUCUAUCUCAGUCACCAGAGCUCCCAGCGCUCGACGCCAACAAAUCCAACGCCAAGGCUCUCUACGAGCAAAGAAAGAGCUACAGUAAAAACAGCAUGACCAGCAACAUGACCGACACGUCGCAGUACCUGGUUGAGCACCUGACCACCUUCGUCAUGGACCGCAAGGACGCCAUGCUGACCAUCGACGACGGCAUCCGUAAGCUGCGCCUGCUGGAUGCUAAAGGGAAGGUGUGGACGCAGGAGAUGCUGCUGCAGGUGGACGACAAGGCAGUGAGCCUCAUGGAUGCCGAGACUAAGAACGAGCUGGAGCACUUCCCCCUGGGAACGGUGCAGCACUGCCAGGCCAUCAUGAACUCCUGCAAUUACGACUCCAUCCUGGCGCUGGUGUGUAAGGAGUCCGGACAGGGCAAGCCUGACCUGCACCUCUUCCAGUGUGAUGACAUCAAGGCGAAUUUGAUCCAAGCAGAUAUUGAGAGUGCCAUCAACGAUCACAAGGGCGGGAAGGCCAAAAAGCGGCCAGAGGUUCUCAAAAUGAUCCGUAAGAGUGACGGAACUAUUCCACCUCCACCCGGUGGGCCCGCGCCUGUUCCCCCAGCAUACGCCAAUCAAGUGGGUGUGAACAGCAGAGUGGGAGCCUGGCCGAACGUGGCCAGUGACAAUCAAGACUAUGAUACUCAAAGGCCAUACGGUGAGCAGGAUGAAUCUCCGGAGAUGACUGCAGUGCGAAUAGACAGAGACGUGCAAAUCCUGAACCACAUUCUGGAUGAUAUCGAGCAUUUCGUCACCAAACUUCAGAAAGCUGCAGAGGCUUUUAAUGAACUUUCCAAGAGGAAGAAAACAAAAAAGACUAAAAAGAAGGGACCAGGAGAGGGAGUGCUGACACUCCGAGCGAAGACGCCAGGACAGAGCGAAUUCGUCGACUGCUUUCAGAAAUUUAAACACGCCUUCAACUUGCUGGCAAAGUUGAAAACCCAUAUUCAGAACCCGAGCGCCGUGGAUCUGGUUCAUUUCCUGUUUAAUCCACUCAGAAUGGUGGUCCAUACAUCAGGAGGAGUCGACCUGGCCAAGAGCGUCGUGGUUCCCCUCCUCACCAGAGACGCCAUCGAUUUCCUCCACUCUGCAGGCACUGCUGAAGAGCGCCACCUGUGGGUCACGCUGGGAGACGGCUGGACUAAAUGCAGGUUGGAGUGGCCUAAGGAUCAUUACUUCCCCCCUCACACCCUGCGGUUCCGGGACGGCUGGGAGCCUCCGCUGCUGGUGAGCCGAGAGCAGGGCCUGACUCAGCUGGCUGAGCGCCUGGCUCAUGCUGACCUCCACAGACCGGAGCAGCCGGCCAGCGUGCAGGAGUUCCCCUCGGGAGACGGGUACGGCUUCACAACCAAUGCCUACGAACACAUGCACCUCCUGGAUACACAAGCGGCAAUGGCUGCUUUUAAACAGGCGUUCAGCCACCACGUAGAUAGAAACUCUGAAGCCCAUGGAAGAGGCCAGCCAAGAAGUUUUGCCAAAUCAAAAUACGACUUUGUGGCCAGGAACAGCACAGAGCUGUCUGUGGUGAAGGACGAGGUGGUCGAGGUCCUGGAUGACAGGAAACAGUGGUGGAAGGUUCGGAACGGAUCUGGACUUACAGGAUACGUGCCAAACAACAUCCUCGAGAUCACCAAGGCUGUGGAUCUGAACGGACGCGGCGAGCCAGUUUACAGCCACACCAUUCAGCUAAUGAUGCCAAAGAAGGAGUUUGAGCUGUUUAAGCAAUUGCUGGGUGAAUUAAAUGAGAAACAGAGGACAGACUACGUGCCCAAACCUGGAAUCAUGUCCAUCCCUCCCGCUCCGACCCCUCCUCCUCCAGCUCCUGCCCCUAUGCUUCCUACCUACCCGCUGCCUCCAAGCGCACCCGCCCCUCCGGAGCAUCACGGGAACUCGCCGUCCAACGUCAGCCGCCAGAGCAGCAGCACGUCCAGCGACAACGGCAGCAUCACCAUGAGGGAGCCGAAGGAACCCGGCGUGACGCCUGCUAACCGACGCAAGUCCAACAUGGAGGAGGUUCAGGACGAGCUGGUGCACAGACUCACUCUCGGUCGCAGCGCCCAGAAGAAGUUCCAGGCUCCUCCGCGUAGCACCAGUCAGUCCACCGCCAACAUCAACUACGACUCCACGCCCGAGGAUGUCAGAGUCUGGCUCGAGGCUAAAGGCUUCAGCCCUGUGACUGUAAACAGUCUGGGUGUGCUGACCGGAGCUCAGCUCUUCUCCCUCAACAAGGACGAGCUGAAGACCGUGUGUCCUGAUGAUGGAGCUCGAGUCUACAGCCAGGUCACGGUCCAGAAGGCUGCUCUCGAGAAGAGCUCGGGCUCUGAGCUUCAGGAGAUCAUGAGGAGGCGACAGGAGAAACUUGCAGCGACGACGGCCAGCGACUCAGGAGUCGAGUCCUUUGAUGAGGGGAGCGGCCACUGACCACACCCCUCCAAUCCUUCAACCCGCCUCCUCCUCCUCCUCAUCCUCCUCCACCUCAUCCUCCUCCACCCCUUCUCUUGCACUUUUUCAUCCUUUUCACAUUGUCGUUUUUUCAGGACGCGGUCGAGCGCGCCAAGUUCGCAGCCAUCAUGCGGCGGCGUCAGGAGCUCCUGGACCCGGAACCGGACCACGGAACCAGCUGGGACGUAGAUUAAGCAGGAGCGUAGACAAGAACGGCGUGAUCGACAAAAGAACAAGGAUGAUGUGGGAUUUGUAACAUACUUUGCUACGUAGACCAAAAUAUAUAUAUAUAUAUAAAAAAAGAGUAACACAGUGAAGAUAAAUUUACUGUAGGUUUAACGAAAUCAUUAAAACGAGACUGAAGAAGGCGUAGUCGUUUUGUAGAGUUAAGCUUUUAAAUCUUAAAACUCUUCAGUGCUUAAUGAUAUAAAUAUUGCAUAUGAUUAUUUAAAAAAAAAAAGAUAUAAGAAUUUAAAAACAAUCGCAUAGUCCUGCUGUGAUUAGACUCGAUGGAAGAAGACGUGAAUUACAGGAAGCGAAUGCGGAUGUGAUGCGCCGGGUCGAUGACUGACUGACGGAUGGACGGAAAAUGAUCAUGUUGUCUCGCAGUGAAUUGAAGGGACAUGCUCAGGAAGGACAGGAAGGAUGUUUGCUGGACUUUUUUCUCUUUUGCUCGGACAUGGACUUUUUAAAAAUCUUUUUUUUUCUUUUUAAAUGAUCAGACUAAACAUGUGUAACUACUUGCUUGUAUAGUGGGCUGUUGGCUUGGAAAGUAAAACAUCUGGAGCGGUCUUUUUCUAACCAAACACACACACACACACACACACACACACACACACUGAAAUAUUGAUACGGCAGAGGAAUAGUGUACAUUUAUGUUUGCUGGGGGAAAAAAAGGCUAUUUAUGUCUUUGAUAAAUUUCUAUUUAAGCCUAAUGCCAAAUGAGUAACUUUAUAUGUGACUUACUGUCCACAAAAAACAAACAAACAAACAAACAAACAAAAAAAAUCUGUGGCCACUAUAAAACCUGUCCUGUAAAACUCUGUCCUUCUACCGUGUCCUAUCUAAUAUUGUAGAUACCUUUUCAGGGAUUAUUUUUUUUCCUUUUUGUACUAGAAUCUACCAAGCUGGCUGUUUUUUUUCUUUCUUUCUCUUUUAAGGUUACGUUUGAAACAUCUGCAUGCGUAAUCAAUUCUGUUUUUUUUUAAAUGCUUUUGGAUACUGUGGCAAUAUUUCGACAGGAUGACUUUGUACUCUGCUUCUACCUUUUUUUCUCCUUUGUUUCAUGUCUGAUUUUAAGUGUUUACUAAGACAUUCUUCAAGCUUGUUUCUUCAGUUUCUGUUCUCUCCGAACACAGAAAGGUUUAUGUUUCAUGGUUCGUGGUACUGCGUUUCUCUUUCGCAGAUUUCUUAGCAACUCAAACGUGCCAUGUUCGUAUAGCGAGAUCUUAAACUGCGGUAACCGAAUAGUGAAAAGUCUCAUCUGUACACACUCGAGUCCUUCUCGGUGCGAUCCGUUUGAUGAACUUUAAAGGCUCUGUGAUGAGACCUAGCACCUAAAUGGAAGGUAAAGAUAAACUCUACAGAAGAAAUAAAGAAAUCUAUAUGAAAUCUA